UUAUCAGAUAACGUGGUCGCUAGAUGUCUUUUUCUCUAAGCUUCCUCUCGUCUCUUCACAGUGUUGCAGACAUGGCGGAAAAGCCAAUCCGAUUCGGCAUUCUGGGCUGCGCAGACAUAGCGCGUAAGCAGUCUAGAGCCAUAACCCUUUCUCCCAAUUCAACCCUCUACGCCGUCGGCAGCCGUUCUCUCGACAAGGCCAAGAAAUUUGCCGUGGAGAAUGGUUUCCCUCCGUCGGCGAAGAUCUACGGCAGUUAUGAAGCUGUACUCGAUGACCCAGAUGUGGACGCUGUGUAUGUUCCGCUUCCGACGAGCCUCCACGUGCGGUGGGCAGUGCUGGCCGCGGAGAAGAAGAAGCACCUGUUGCUGGAGAAGCCUGUGGCUUUGAACGUGGCCGAGUUCGAUCGGAUCAUCGACGCCUGCGAGGCCAAUGGUGUGCAGUUCAUGGACGGAACCAUGUGGAUGCACCACCCUAGGACUGCCAAGAUGAAAGAGUUCAUUUCUGAUUCGCAGCGUUUCGGUGAUCUCAAGACGGUUCACAGCUUCUUUUCGUUUGCUGUUGGUGAUGAUUUUCUCAAGAAUGACAUCCGGAUAAAGCCAGAUCUUGAUAGCCUUGGAGUUCUUGGUGAUGCUGGCUGGUACUGCAUCAGGUCGAUAUUGUGGGCUGCGGACUAUGAACUGCCCAAGACAGUGACUGCUCUCCGUGGACCUGUUCGUAAUGAAGCAGGAGUGCUCUUGGCUUGUGGAUCUUCUUUACAGUGGGAGGAUGGGAAGACAUCAACUUUCCAUUGCUCAUUCCUCUCCAAUUUGACCAUGGAUAUAACUGCGGUUGGAACAAAAGGAACUCUACACGUUCAUGAUUUUAUUAUCCCUCAAGAAGAGAGAGCUGCUUCAUUUUCUGCUGCUUCUCAGACUGGAUUCACGGAGCUCGUUACAGGUUGGGUUCCAUUGCCUUCUCAGCAUGUGGUCACAACAGAUCUCCCUCAAGAAGCCUGCAUGGUGAGGGAGUUCUCAAGGUUGGUGAAAAGUAUAAAGGAGGGUGGUUCCAAACCAGAGAGUAAGUGGCCCAGCAUCAGCAGGAAGACACAACUGGUUCUGGAUGCAGUUAAGGAAUCCAUUGAGAAAGGUUUCGAGCCGGUCCAAGUUAGGGAUUAAUCUGGAGAUUGAGACUCACAUUUUCCUUAAUUUUUUUUUGUAAUAUCCAUUUGCUUGCUUAGUG